CUGAAGGCGUCAAGAUGAACCAUCUUAAGUAUCUCCUGCUUGGGCUUAGUCUCCUACUGGUUGUGGGAAACGUGUGGACUUAUUGCCAAUUGAGCAAGGCCAAUACCUGGACUGAUCGAACCUUCGCCCAGAACGUAAACAACCGCUUUGAACUUCUGCUCACGGAUCGGCUGCAGCCUAAUCAGUUACUCUACCUGCUUUGCGGAGGUGGACAGGCGAUUUUCAGCACCACCUGUCUGUCAAGCGGCAUCCUUUACCCACCGCUGCCAACUACAAACUGCACGGUGGCUCUCGCGCCUGCCGUGGAGGCCGUCAGGGACCCCAGUUGCCCCCAUACCAUGUACCGCGUGGGCUUUACGUACCAACAGCAGUUUCUAGAGAUCUAUCGCAGCUGCUACCAGGCCUCCACCAUGACAGCUUAUUUCUCCAUCACCAAGGUCUACCCCACCUAUUUGAAUUCCGAUUCCCCGCCUCCAACUUUCGACCGAGACGGACUAAUUAGUCCAGCGGAUGCUGCCACUUUUCAGCGGAGUAGCGUUUUCAAUCGAUUCGAGGCUAUUCUGGGCCCACACCAGAACUAUGUCCCGACUGCCCAAACUCCCUCCUUCGACCGCGGGCAUCUGAGUCCGGCUGGAGACCACACCUUUCCGCGGAACCUGCGGCAGACGAACAAGUACCUCAAUGUGGUGGCCCAGCACCAGAACAUCAAUCGCAGCAACUGGAAGAUCGUAGAGAAUUGGGUGCAUCGUCUAUUUUCUGAACAUCAGUUUGAUGUCCUCAAGGUCUGCACUGGAACACUAGAUGUCCUUGAGUUGAACAAUAUAAGGUCGCAGCCGCGACAGGUUUUCCUGGCCCCGAACAAGAACCCGGUUCCAAAGUGGAUGUACAAGAUCGUUAGCCAUCUCUCGGGCUACAAGGUCGUCGUGUUGACCUACAACAACGGAUGGGCUAAUCAGAGCCUAAACCCCUCAUCGGUCUGUCAAAUGGUCAAUUGUCCGCGCUCGUUGAAUCCGAAUGGGAAUGGUUUCACCUUCUGCUGCGAUCCAGCCCAUUUUAUAAGCCACAAUGUCCCUAAAUUGACGGGCGUUUGCUAAGAUCUAGCUUGUAUGUCGUUCUUGAUCUUGAUAUACUAACAAGUGAUUUCAUCUACCUUAAUGGAUAACUACAAAUUAGCUACCUACCUACUUGCCUUAAUGUAUUUAAUUCAAUUUUAAUUUCAAUAAAGUACUAGUUAGUAUGCCAAA